AUGGCUGCCGUUGCACAAGGACAUCAGGUCCAUCCGGAUGGUCGGACGUGGAAGAGUCAUUUUCCCAAGGGUGAUCUCUGGGUAUUUGGUUAUGGGAGCUUGAUCUGGAAACCACCUCCACAUUAUGACCAGCGCGUACCGGGCUAUAUUAGUGGCUAUGUGCGGCGUUUCUGGCAGGCUAGUACCGAUCACCGCGGCACCCCCGAGCAACCAGGCCGAGUAGUCACCGUAAUUGAGCGAACCUUCUGGGAGACCCUGGACGACCCGCUCGCCCACCUAGAAUCCGAAUUAUCUACCACAGGCAAAGUCUGGGGCGCAGCAUACCACAUCCCAGCCUCGCACGCCGAAGAAGUCCACGACUACCUUGACGAGCGGGAGAUCGACGGGUACAGCGCGCACUACACGCCCUUCCACCCGACAGUGGAUGUCGACGGAUCCGGGUCCUCUCCAAUCAUCUGCAUGGUUUACAUCGGCCAGCCGACUAACCCGCAGUUCCUGCGUGACGCAGCUCAUCGCGAGCCGCAGCAUGUGGCGCAGGUUAUCAGCGCUGGGCAUGGAUUGAGUGGGAAGGGUUCUGAGUAUUUGUUCUUGUUGGAGAAGGCUCUUGAGGGUCUUGGACUUGGGACUGCGGAUGUUCAUGUUACCGAUUUGGUUAAGAGGGUCAAGGCUAUUGAGGCUGAAGGACUUGCGGAAGUUGAGGAGGAGGAGGCUGGAUUGAAGGUCACUAGGUCUUUGGGCUCGGCUGAAGAGUCGGGUCGUGGGGAUGGUCGUGGGACCAUUGAAUGA